GGAUCAUGUUCCUAAGGUUGUUCAAAUUUUCAAAUUUCAAUAUUAAUACGAGCCUGAAGAAUGGCUUUCAUUCGGCUUCGCAGACUUUAUUUUUUUCAUGUAAAGCUGAAAAAUAUCUUGACAAAUAUGAACCAGUAAUCGGUUUAGAAGUUCAUGCUCAAAUCUUAUCCGAUUCAAAAUUGUUUUCAUCUGCAUCAACAAAUUUCACAUCGCGUCCCAAUUCACAGGCCACUUAUUUCGAUGUAUCAUUACCUGGAACAUUACCAGUAUUGAACCGAAAAUGUGUUCUCGCUGCCAUCAAAACGGGUUUGGCUUUGAACUGUAGAAUUUCAAAUAAAAGUACAUUUGAUCGCAAACAUUAUUUUUAUGGUGAUAUGCCGAAUGGAUAUCAAAUCACACAGCAGAGAAAUCCAAUUGCUCGAGACGGAUACAUUGAAUUUAUCGUAUAUGAUGAUUUUUAUGAAAAUGAUAGAUCAUUUCAACCAUAUCUAAAACAAUGUCGUUUGAAACAAAUCCAAUUGGAACAAGAUUCUGGAAAGUCUUUGGUCGAUGGGGAAAUGAAUGCCAAUUUGAUUGAUUUGAAUCGUGCUGGUGUACCACUAUUGGAAUUUGUAUUCGAACCAGAUCUUAGUUCCACUUUAGAAGCAAUAUCAUUAGUACGAGAAUUGAUUGCCAUUCUUAAAUCAAUACAAGCAUGUUCAUGUCGGAUGGAAGAAGGUGCCCUUCGCGUUGAUGCUAAUGUUUCUGUUCGACUUGUUGGUAACCGUGAAUUAGGAACACGAACUGAAAUUAAAAAUCUCAAUUCCUUUAGAUUUAUUCGCGAAGCUUCUGAAUAUGAAAUUCGAAGACAAUGUUCAUUGUUAGAAAGAGGUGAAAAAAUAAUCAACGAAACCCUUGGCUAUGACAUACGAACUAAAAAUACGUUUGUUAUGCGCGAUAAAGAAAUUGUACAAGAUUAUCGUUUUAUGCCUGAGCCGAAUUUGCCUGCAAUUGUUCUUACUAAUGAUGCCGAAGAUAUGUCUAAAGAAUUGAUUAAUAUCAAUUCCAUUCAAAAAGAAAUGCCUAGAUUACCUGAACAUAUCCGUCAAAGUCUUUUAGACAAAAGAUUUGGUUUAUCGCUGAGGGAAAUCUAUUUUCUUCUUCAGGAUUCGACUCAGUUGCACUUGUUUCAUCAAAUAUUCGAAUCUUCACGACGAAAAUGCGGUUUAGAUUGCUUUGAAUUUCUCAUCGGUUAUUUGAAACCGAUUUUUCAAGAAAAAAUUGAUCCAUUUACUUUGAACAAAAUCGAAUCGAUAAAUUAUAGAUUUUCAAUGGAAAAUAUAUCGGAAUUUGUUUGUCAAGAAUAUUUGGGCCAAUUAUGUGAUAUGAUAUUUGAUGAAAAGAUUUCGGAAACGACUGCUUAUGAUAUUCUAAAAUUAUAUCUCCAGAAUGAAAAAAGAUCGCCUCAUGAGAUUGUCGAGAACUAUAAUUGGUGGUUAAUAAAGGAUAUGGAUCAAAUAGAAAAUGUUUGUCGUCAAGUUAUCCAACAAGUACCCAAAAUUGCCAAGAAAUAUGCUAAGAAUGGUGUACGAAAACAAAAAUCCAUGCUCAUACAGAAAGCUUUUGUUUUGAUGAAUCAUCAAGUCAAUGAAAAAAUGCUAUGGGAAAUCUAUGAUAAAUUAUUGCGGCCCACAUCGAAACCAUUCGAUAAAAAACAAUAACA